AAUGCUUCUUGGACCAAUCCCUGGAGCUAUUUAUACCCCAAGAAGUUAAACAAAUGAUACGCACGCAUUGCAGAAGAAAAAUGUCUAAUUUCCUCCAAUUGUCAGAGCAACAUGAAAACUUUACCUUAUCUCUCGCCUUCUUAGCUUUAUCCUUCGUAAUCUUCCUCUUGAAAUGGUCUCCACUUAGCAGCAGCAAGAAGUUCUUGCCACCUUCUCCGCCUAAAUUUCCAAUCAUUGGAAAUCUCCACCAAGUUGGCUUGCAUCCUCAUCGCUCUUUGAGAUACUUGGCUCAAACUCAUGGCCCUGUCAUGUUGCUUCACUUGGGUAGUGUUCCAGUUCUUGUUAUCUCAUCAGCUGAAAUGGCUUGCGAGGUCAUAAAAACCCAUGAUCGUGUGUUUGCUGAUAGGCCAAGAUCAAGCAUAUCCGAGAAACUUCUCUAUCACCGCAAAGAUAUAGCCGCUGCUCCUUACGGCGAAUACUGGAGGCAGAUGAAAGGUUUAAGUGUCCUACAUCUCUUAAGUACCAAAAGGGUGCAAUCUUUUAGUCAUGUCAGAGAGGAAGAAACCGACUACAUGAUUGACAGGGUGAACAGAUUUUAUUCUUCUUCGUCGACGCCACUCAAUUUAAGCGAAAUAUUGGCAACGCUUACCAACGAUGUAGUGUGUAGAGUUGCUCUUGGUAGAAAGCAUAUCGCGACGAAAGGUGGUAUAAACUUUAAGGAAUUACUGGGGGAAUUUGUGGAGUUGUUGGGGUUCAAUAUUGGGACAUAUAUUCCAUGGCUUGCUUGGAUUAAUCAUGUUAAUGGAGUAAAUAGCAGAGUGGAGAGAGUAGCUAAAGAGCUUGAUAACUUCCUAGAUGGAGUAGUUGAAGAGCAUAUGAGCAGUGAUCGUCGAGAUGAUUAUAGCAAGGACUUUGUUGAUGUUCUUCUUUGGGUUCAGAAAGAAAACAUGGCUGGUUUUCCUAUUGAUCGAAUUAGCAUCAAGGCUCUCAUCUUGGAUGUAUUUUCUGCAGGCACAGACUCUACAUACACAGUCCUCGAGUGGACAAUGACAGAGCUUCUAAGGCAUCCAAAGAUUAUGAAAAGACUUCAAAAUGAAGUGAGAGAAAUCGCCAACAGCAAAUCAAGGAUCACACCGGACGAUCUAAACAAGAUGCAAUACUUAAAAGCAGUAAUCAAAGAAACUCUUCGUUUGCAUCCACCACUUCCGUUACUAGUUCCUCGAGUAUCAACCCAAGAUGUCAAACUGAAAGGUUUCGACAUUGCAGCAGGAACCCAGAUCUUAAUCAAUGCUUUUGCAAUAGGAAGAGACCCUGCAUCAUGGGAUCGACCCGAGGAGUUUUGGCCAGACAGGUUCUUGGAUAGUAGCAUAGACUUCAAAGGACAUGACUUCCAGUUGCUACCAUUUGGGACCGGGAGGAGGGCUUGUCCAGGCAUCCAGUUUGCAAUCAGCAUAGAAGAGCUUGCUUUGGCAAAUCUUCUGUACAAGUUUGAGUGGGCAUUGCCUAGUGGAGCAAGAGAGGAAGACUUGGACAUGACUGAAUCCAUUGGUCUUACCACGCAUAGAAAGUCUCCUCUUCUUGCUGUUGCGACUCCAUAUUCUCACCAACAAUGAUCUAUAGCUUCUAUUUUUCUUUGUUAAAUACUAUAAAUUUCUUGUUCUAAUACUACAAUGUUUAAAUA